CUUUUCGCCUUCCACUUUCCGAGUUUGAAGUUUGAGCCAGGUUGAUCAAUUCGGGAUUCCCGACGGCCUCAACUUCAGACCCAUGACGCAUACGCAUGCAGUCGGAAUGUGGUCUACCUUUGAUCGACUGGGUGAAGUAUGAUGUUGGAAGGAAGACAAGGAGUGGGAUUUAGUUAUUUGAAUGGGUCUAUUCACCAUCUUAUUGAAGCUAUAUACUGUUUCUGGAUGCGGGGUAGACUAUUGUAUAUAUUCAGUGAAUAGUACCCUUGAUGCAGCACUAAUAAUCAGAUUACCAUCUGAUAGUAUCAAUUCAAUCGAUCCAUUCCAAUCAACAUACUAAUUCACCAAAAUGCAAAUCAUCUGGCGCAAUUCCACAGACAAACCUACCUACGAAGAAGCCCGCAUCGGCCGCGUCUUCAACCACCGCCGUCCCCCCCGCUACCCCAUCGCCAUCGCAAAACCCACCACCGAAGAGGACAUCAUCGCCGCCGUAAAGCUUGCAGCCGCACAUAAAUGCCGCGUCGCAGUACGUUCUGGCGGCCACUCCUGGGCCGCGUGGAGUGUGCGCGAUCACUCCAUCCUCAUCGACCUGGGCGGGUAUAAGCACCUCGAGGUCGAUGCAGAGAAUCGGGUCGCGAGGGCAUCGCCGAGUCUCACGGGGAGGGAGAUUAAUGGGGUGCUGACUGGGGAGUAUGGGAUGAUGUUUCCGGGGGGUCAUUGUCCGGAUGUUGGGCUGGGGGGGUUUUUGUUGCAGGGGGGGAUGGGGUGGAAUUGUCGGAACUGGGGAUGGGCGUGUGAACGAGUUGAAGCAGUGGAUGUAGUCACUGCAGCGGGGGAAUUGCUUCACUGCAAUGCGCAGCAAAAUCGCGAUCUCUACUGGGCAGCUCGAGGAGCAGGACCAGGCUUCCCUGGCAUCGUCACAAAAUUCCACCUCCAACUCAUUCCCUACCCCCAGAGAGGAUUCCGGUCAUCGGGCUACAUCUACCCCAUCCGCCAGUACAAAGAAGCCUUCAACUGGAUCCUCUCUAUUACACCCACCUUUGACCAAGACACCGAAAUCGCCGCAGUAGCACACUACGCCCCCGACAAUUCAGAGGAGAUGUACUUUUUCAUCCUCUUCGUCGUGAUGAAAGACGAUCCCCACGAAGCAGAAAACGCCCUUCGUCCAGCCCAGCAGACACGACCCCCAGGUUGCAUCACGGAGUGGUUCUGCCAGGAAGAUAGUCUCGAGAACCAAUAUGUGAACCAGGGGAAGGCAAACCCCGAGAUGCAUCGAUAUUGUGCUGAGAAUGCGUAUAUUCAGAAUGAAGCGAAUGUUCCAGACGUGCUGGAGGAGGCAUUCACUACGCUACCCCAUCAGAAGGCGUUUGCGCUGUGGUAUCCGAUGAAUCCGUGUAGCCGGAGGAAGCUGCCUGAUAUGGCGCUCAGCAUGCAAUCGGAUCAUUACUUUGCGCUGUAUACAGUCUGGGAGGAUGAAAAGGACGAUGUGAGAUGCCAGACGUGGGUGCGGGAAACCAUGAAGAAGGUCGAGAGGCAUUCAGUCGGUUCGUAUUUGGGGGAUGCGGAUUUCCAGGUCCGGAAGAGCCGAUACUGGGCGGAUGAUAAUGCCCGGCGGUUGAUGGCGAUUCGGCGCAAAUGGGACCCAGAAGGGAGGAUUUGUGGGUAUCUUACCUUGGGGGAUGAUUCGGGGACGAGAGGGUUGGAUAAUGCGCACGAGUGGAAGUUGUGAUGAUUUCAAUAGAACACAGGCCAGUCAGCAUAAUUCAUGAAUGGUAUUCUUGUUGAUAAGGACUUGAGCAAUCUGUACAUAACCAUGAAAACUUCUAUAUCGGGUGCGUGAUAAACCCAGGCACCAUAAUGCUCUAGGACAGAAUGUCUAAAGAUGCAGGCAUAAGAAAUAUAAAAGUAUGAU